ACGCUCCUAGACCUCACACUUCUCGCGCCCAAGAGACAGUUCAACCUGCCAGAGAAGUCGUGGUACUCGCUGUUUUCUCAAUCCUGUCUUCUGUCGCCGAAUUGGUCCGCGUCCUGCCAUUAUACUACCGGUGUCAAGCGAUCUGUUAAUACCUCCUCCAUCCAAGACUCCUUUAACUUGGCCCAUCAUGCCUAGCCCUCUGAGCAUGCUCUACUACGUGGUUCACCCCAACGAACUGCGGUCAAUCAUUCAAUGGAAAGUGUGGCAUAACGCAGUACACGAGCGCGACGAAUCGAAAGAAUGCGAGUCCCUGAAACGAUGCUUCCACUUCCUCAACAAGACCAGCCGAAGUUUCGCUGCCGUCAUCCUCGAGCUGCACCCCGAGCUUCUGGUGCCCGUCACGCUGUUCUACCUAGUCCUGCGCGGUUUGGACACCAUCGAGGAUGACAUGACGAUACCCCUGGAGAAGAAGGAGCCUUUACUGCGCAACUUCCAGGACAUUUUGGACAAGGAUGGAUGGAACUUCACAGAGAACGGCCCGAACGAGAAGGACAGGCAACUUCUGGUCGAGUUCAACGUGGUCAUUGAGGAGUUCAAGAAGAUCAAGCCUGUCUACCAGGAUAUCAUCAAGGACAUUACCAAGCGCAUGGGCAACGGCAUGGCAGACUACGCGAACAACGCCGAGUUCAACGCUGGCGUCAAGACCAUCAAGGAAUACGAGUUGUACUGCCAUUACGUCGCCGGUCUGGUAGGCGAGGGUUGCACACGUCUGUUUGUUGAGGCUGGCUUAGCAAACGCUGCGCUGCUGAAGAGGCCAGAGCUGAUGGAAUCCAUGGGCCAGUUCCUCCAACAAGUCAACAUCACCCGUGACAUCAAGGAGGAUAUUGAUGAUGGACGGCGAUUCUGGCCUAAGGAGAUCUGGUCAAAGCACGUUAAUGAGUUUGAAGACCUCUUCAAGCCCGAGAACAAGCAGAAGGCCCUAAACUGCAGCUCAGAGAUGAUUCUAACUGCGCUGACCCGAGCAGACGACUGCUUGUACUAUCUCGCAGGUCUCCGAGAGCAGAGUGUGUUCAACUUCUGCGCUAUCCCGCAAACUAUGGCCAUUGCGACGCUCGAGACAUGCUUCCAGAACUAUGCUCUCUUCCAGAAGAACGUCAAGAUCACCAAGGGUGAGGCAUGCCAACUGAUGGUUGAGUCGACACAAAAUCUGCAGCUCGUCUGCGAAGUCUUCAGGAGAUACGCUCGCAAGAUCGCGAAGAAGAACAACCCCCACGACCCCAACUUCCUCAAGAUCAGCAUCACCCUCGGAAGAAUUGAGCAAUUCAUCGAGUCAAUAUUCCCGACGCAACAACCACCAGUCGACAAGAAGGCACCUGCCACCAUCGAGGAGGCGGAGCGGAAACGGAAAGAGGACUCCGAGGCCAACUGGGACUUGGUCUACAUUGUCGCCGCCGUUGUUGGUACAGUUCUGGUCAUCACAUUCAUCAUGCUCUUUGUCGCCUGGCUCGCGGGUGCGCGCUUCGACAUUGCCUACACUCAAUUUAAGCUGGAGUUUGGCAAGCUGAUGGGAGUGAUGGGACUCGACAAGACACCCGAGGUGGUUACAGAGGUCCACGAGACUCUGAACAAGAGCGAGCUAUGAGCGUCUCACGUUUACAUGUAUUAUGCAGG